AUGACGGGGGGUGUGCUUGACUUCUCUCGAAGUGUGUGUCCUGCUGUUGCUGCAGCCUCGUCUACCGAUAGGAGUGAGGGUGACUCGCUCUCUGCUGCAAAGAUUCGUGUGGUCGACUUGAAUGGUGGGGCUCUUGCUGGUGUCACGAUCGCCACCUUCGCGCUUGGCCUGCUGCUCGCUGGCCUGUUCUCGCAUCUGCGGUACUACUGCGUGGCUCGAAGGGAAAAUGGGCACAACCUGUGGUACCCCUUUCUAGAGCGCAGUGCUUCUGUGAGCGCAUGCGGUGUCAAGCUGUGCCAUUGA